CCUUUGCCCGCCCCUGGUUCGGCCUUUUUAGGGUUUAUCGUUUACUCGUUGUUUCCGUUUUCUCUCUGUUUGUUUCAGAAACAAACCAAAAUCUUUUUAUGCGUUAGAAAUCCCUGUUUUCCUCCAAAGAUUGAGCUGAAUUUCGUAGGGAAGCUAGAAACUUUGGGUUUGUUAAUAGAAACGACACAGGCUUUGUGAACGAUGGGGACCCCAGAAACGUCUCGAGAGCCAUGCCCUGAUCGAAUUCUCGAUGAUAUUGGUGGCGCUUUUGGUAUGGGUGCUGUUGGAGGUGCAGCCUUCCACUUCAUAAAAGGCACAUAUAACUCCCCAACCGGUGCUCGGUUGAUUGGAGGAACUCAAGCUGUGCGCAUGAAUGCCCCUCGUGUAGGCGGUAGCUUUGCUGUUUGGGGUGGUCUUUUCUCCACAUUUGAUUGCACCAUGGUGUACCUGCGACAGAAAGAAGAUCCAUGGAACUCGAUUAUAGCUGGUGCUGCCACCGGAGGGUUCCUUUCGAUGCGUCAAGGACUUGGUACUGCUUCAAGAUCAGCAGUGUUUGGCGGAGUUUUGCUUGCUUUGAUUGAAGGAGCUGGGAUCAUGUUGAAUAAACUCCUGAGUCAGCCACAGAUGCCUAUCAUGAUCGAGGAGCCAGCACCGAAUGUAGCUGGCAUGCCUGGAUAUCCAAUGGGGCAAUUGCCAAACCAAGCCUCGGCAUCAGUUGGCAGUUUGAGGGAGGACUCACCUUCGUCGACAUCAUCAAAUUUGUCAUCUUCAUGGUUUGGAGGUCUUUUUGGUGGUGGAAAGAAGCAGGAAUCAGCAACAGGUGGAAGUAAAACUGAGGCUUUGGAGAGCUUUGAUGCUCCUCCCGUGCCCUCGUUUGAGUACAAAUGAAAUGUUAGCUGCCCAUUUUGGUCGCUUCUUGCAUCUGAGACCUACUUUGAGGAUCAUUUUGGCAUUGUUUU